AUGCCAGUUUAUGACCCACUGAACAGCGACUAUUCAAGUAAAUUGCUCACGGCGAUCGGAAGAAAGUUGUACUUGAACUCCGAAUUGGCCGAUGUUCACUUUGUCUUCGAAGCAAAUCAUGACUUCGAACGAGUACCGGCCAAUAAAGCUCACUUGAUGACUGGCAGCGAUGUGUUCGCCACAAUGUUCAAUGGAUCAUGGAAAGAGAUGGAUAAGGUGAAGAUUGGCGAUGUAUCGGCUGCUGCCUUUAAGGAAUUUCUCCAGUUUUUCUAUUUAGGCCAAGUCAAGCUGACGAUGGAAAACAUCGCCGAAGUGAUGAAUCUCGGCGAAAUGUACAAUGUGGCCGAGUGUUUGGCGGUGUGCAACAAGUUCCUGAAAAACAAUCUCAACAAUGAUAAUAUUUGUCGACACUAUGGAUUGGCAAUGCUGUUGAAUCAGAAGAACUUGAAAAAGGCAUGUGAAACAUUCAUCGUAUUGAAUGCCAAAACAGUGCUGAAAUCAACAGACUUCCUGGCAUGUGAUCGAAAGAUACUGGCUCAAAUACUCAAACUGAAUUGGAUGUCAUGCACUGAGAUUGAGCUCUUCGAGGCAUGCAUAUCCUGGGUCAAAGCAGCUAGCAAGCAGAAUGUUCUGACCAAGGAGAUCGUACAAGCUCACCUCGGCGACUUGUUCCAUGAAAUUCGCUUUGGUUCGAUGUCAUUGCAAGCGUUCGCUGCAUUGAUCCCAAC